ACUCAUCCGUUAAGAUGCUGCCGUGUAAAAUGUUCCAAAGUAGCCGGGGACUGAGCGCGUAGACCUAGAAGAACGAAGAAGCUCACCGAUGUCGGCGUUCUGCGGUUGUUCCUGUUCCGGCGGAGCUGCCGUCUCCGUCGCCAGCUCAAAAUCGCUCCGCCACUUUGUUCCCCUAAAGAGAUAUUCCCCCGUUCUAACCGGCUACAGCAUAGAAGCUUUUCUUUCUAAAAGCUCCCGCAAAGCUCUUACAUCCCUCGUCGUGAGGGCUUCCGCGGUGGAUUCCUAUGAGAACUCUUCGGAUUUCGUCAAGCGUAUGGAGCAGGCGUGGCUUAUCUCUCAGCAACCAAGACCCGUUGCUUGCAGUUCAUGUGCAUCAGAAGGGCAUGUUGAAUGCAGAUGGUGUGGGGGAACUGGCUUCUUUGUCAUCGGAAACAACGUGCUCUGCGAAGUUCCCUCUAGAAACACUAGCUGCGUCAUUUGUGCGGGGAAGGGAUCUGUGUGCUGUGCUGAUUGUAAGGGCACGGGUUUUCGUGCGAAGUGGCUCGGAAACCCUCCCCCUCUGUAGGACAGAUGAUUCUGGACGACGGACGUAAUAAUUUUUCCCUCUGUAGAUUCAUCUUUUAACGAACAGGAUUUUGUCUCCACGGCAAAUUUUAUGUUAUUUUUAUAAUUAU